GGCUCCUUUCGAUGUGACAAGCCAAGAAGACCGUUUCACCGUCUUCCUUACUAUAUAAAAAAAAUAUUCAAUCAAGUAAUCACCCCACUAUUUUCUAUUUGCACUCUCAUCUUGCUUUCCUCUCAUUCUCUCCUGCACGACCCACGAAUUUUAACGUUUAACAAUGGCAGCGAUGAGAGUUAAUGUUAAUGGUCACGAACCUUUACGAAUAGACAGUGGCAUUCCGAGGUCACGCACAGAGCCUAGCAGUGCGCUCAUGAGGCUUGUGUUGACAAGGACUCACCCAGAGGAUGAUCAACCCGAAGUAGAUCUUUACCCUCCCACCCGCAAACGCACACAAAAAGAUCAAGAUGAGGCAGACGAGAGGGCACGGAAGAGGGCCCAGAAGGAUUUGGUGAACUCGUGGCAGGAGAGGCUGCAGCUCAUCAGCGUCAUCACCACAUUCUUUGCAUCUAUUGAGACCGGCCUCUUGGCCAUGACUACCCCGACGCGCGAUAACGAUGGUGCUGGUAAUUUAGUGUUGAGAGGUUCCAACGCGGUGUUGGUCGGAGCACUGGUCGUACACGUAUAUUCCGCUAUUCUCUCUUUUCUUGCAGCUUUCCUUUUGAUCAAUUACAAACUGGAAGAAGCGACGAAGGAAGAAUUAAAAGUUGAAGGCAUCGAAGUUAUCACGGCCUCUCCAGUACCGGGGUCCAUCACGAGCAAAGAUAUGGAGAGAGAUAUCGAGAAAGGAGGCGAAUCUCCUGAAGUCAUUGACGAUUCUGAUGACAGGAAGCAUGGGAGCCACAAAAAGGCUCCAAAACGCAGGGAUACUUCUCCGGAACCGCCCAUUUUGUCGAAGAACCCGCAUAUCGAACAGGUUGGACUGUUCCGGCGUGCUGCCUCAUCUCACCUUUUAAGUCGCUUCCACACGCUGUGUAUCUCACUGGCCGCGAUUGGAUUUGUGUUGUGCAUAACGGGGAUCAUCCUGUACGCGUGGGCGUUACAUCCGCUGUCUGUCAGCAUCUUUGGCACAACAUGCUUGGGAGGGUCGAUGGUGGCCGGUUUAUGGAUCGUGUUUGUAUGACCGGUGCCUGCGCAUUCGAUGAUGGCGAUGCUACGAGGUCUGGACUAUGGUUUGAGAUCCGUAGGAUGCAUUCGGCGAUAUCGCCAGUUGUCUUGUCCUAUUUUCACCUGCAAUUGCUGUACCGUACCCGAUUGAUGAUAAUUUGGAGGUGGCAUAUAAUAUCGACAGCCAUUUCCCGCCCUACAAGCAUGUGUUUUUCCCACUUGUACUCCAUAGAUAUGACAUUUCUUGCUGUGCAUAGAGCCUCCUCGCGACUGAG